AUGGAGGAAGAACAGGUCCCUCUGGGGAAUAGAUACCACUUUUGGGAGAGUGAGGUGGAGCUGGUCAGGAAGAAGACUCUUGCUCCAGACGGAAAGAAAUUUAGGUACUUUGAUGACAAGGGAAUCUUUAAUUUCGUGUUUAUGGCAUGGGUAUACAGGUGGGUUAAGGAAACGUCAAAGAGGUAUCUAGAUCCUUAUAUGCUCCACCCACUUCCACUGGCUGACCAGACAAUUUUCUGGUAUCCUAUAUUCUCAAAGCACGUUAGCGAUGGUAUCGCAAGUCUUGAGGCCCAUGAAUCCCUCAGUGAGGAUGAAAAGAAGAAAGCCAAGAAGCCUGUCAGAUAUCUUUUGUUCAGGGCUCUAAUUUUGACCUUUUGGAAGAGGUUGCUCAUUAUUAUAUUGGUGAUAAUCGUGCUUAAUACUAUUGGUAUGAGCGUUGCUAUUUUUCUUCACAAGUUGCUUAGCCUAUUGUCUGAGAAUGACCUUAAAUUUGUAACGUUUUUAGGGUUGGCCAUCUCCAUCGUACUCAUUGAGCUACUAAAGGAUAUUGGAACGAGCCAUAUCGAAUACUAUGUAAGAAGACUUUCCUUUAUUAUGGACCCGUGCCUUCGUCUAACAAUAUUUCAACAUGGACUCUGCUACAGAAGGAGUCCAUUUGGAAACUUCCAAUCCAACGCAGGAGCUUGCAAGAGUAUUAUACACAGCUGCUCUGGAGAGGAUAAAUGUACGGAUAACCCAUUACUAUGCCCAGCAAGGAGAUACAAGAACAAUGAGGUUACUCCAAAGAUGUAUGCCCUGAUUCUCACAGAUUCUUACUAUCUCCCGUUUUUUACUGAGGCUAUUCCUGGGUUUAUGAAUUUCUUGACAUCACUAACGUAUGGAAUCAUCUUAAUGAGUAGUCAGUUUAAUGUUAAAGCACUCACAAUCCUUAUAGUAUCACUAUCCUUAGUAGCAUCUAUGAUCGUAAUAGAACUUGUAAAUGGUCUACUCAUGAAGUACUACUUGGGUAUCAGGGAUCACAGGAUUUCUAAAUCAAGUGAGGUCAUCUCUGGACUCUAUCUAAUUGAAAGGAUGGCUUUUGGUGAUAUUGGUCACGAUAUCAUAACUGAAACCAGAAAUGAUGAACUUAAAAUAAUCUUUGCUCGUUUCCUAUUGUCUCUAGUAAACAAGGUUCUCAUGACGCUGAUCAUGUGUGUAAAUAUUAUCAUAUUGGUUAAUGACUUUGUCACCCAAGUUAGGGAUGCUACCGAUGACCAGAGUAUUGAUCCUUCUGGACUGCUUGCAUCAAUUUUCGUCAUCAUGAAGAUAGUCGGUCCGCUUUACAUGGUUCCUAUAUACUUGCGUAGGAUGUUAUUUGGGAUAAAUGCGUUUAGAAGACUUGAAUUAUUCUUUAGAACUUGUUCUCCAAACUUUUACCUUCCUGAUAAUAGGUUUACCGGGAGGAAUCCUUUGCCAGAGGUACAACCUGGCAAGUAUAAGACACUGCCAAAGGGACUAGUUGUGAUGUUCAAGAAGGCCUCUUUUGCAUGGGUCAACAGUAGGAAGGAUCUUCUUGACAAUACUGGUACUACUUGUCUUAGGAACCUUGACUUUGUCCUCAAUACUGGUGACCUUGCCAUCAUUACUGGUGCUCAGGGUUCUGGUAAGAGUAACUUUAUCAAGGCAAUUCUUGGUGACAUGACUCUUGUUGAAGGAUCAAUGGCUGUGUUACCUCUCUCUACCAACAUGCCAAUAUUCUAUGCUUCUCAAAAAGUGUGGCUACAAAAGGGUACCAUUAAGUCUAACAUCACCUUUGGUCACAGAUUUGAUGAGAAGCUCUACAACACAGUUCUGAAGGCGGUUGAACUUGAACAUGACAUAUCGACUUGGGAAGGAGGUGACCUGCGUAAGAUCUCUGAAAAUGGUUAUUCUCUCAGUGGAGGUCAGAGAGUCAGAGUUGGACUUGCUCGUGCCAUCUAUGCCUACCUCAUCUUUAGCAAGACUAGCAGAGAAGAGAGUGGAUCUGACCAUUCCUUCCUUGUAGUAUUGGAUGACUGUUUUACUGGUCUAGAUCCAUUCGUGGCGAAGACAAUCUUCAAGAACUUGUUUGAGAAUGGAAAAGGCUUGCUGGCAAAGGGUGAUGUAUCUACGGUACUUACCAUUUCUAGGAAUAUGUUGGAUGCUUGUGUAUCAUCUGAAGUUUUAGGUGUGUUCCCGGACGCCCCAAUAUACACAUUGAGGAAUGAGACUCUUGUGCAUGAGAACAUGCUAAGCUCUUUCAUAAAGAAUGAGAUUGGUAAUCUUGAACCUCCAACUCCAUCUGAUGAGAGAGUGGGCCUUCACGCUAUGCCUAGCAAGUUGCGUAGGAUGUGCAGCUCUGAUGACUAUGCCCGUGGCAGGCGUAGAGAGAUUGUUGAAUCCAAAUAUGCUGAGUCACCAACAGUUCAGGUAUUGUACAAGAGACAUGAGGUUAAGGAUGAUGAUAGUAAGGGCUUUUAUCCAUUUAAGAUCUACUUUCGUGCGGCAGGCUGGCCUAUUAUACUGUUCUUCCUUUUGACUUUAAUAUUCUCAACUUUGGAUAGUACUAAGUUCAUCAUUACUUCAAAGGUAUCAGAUUCAAUUGCUGGAUAUACAAAGAGUAAUAAAGGAGUGGGAGUUUCCCUUGAGGAGGUUAAAGAUUAUUGCUAUAGAUCCUUGAGAUGGAUUGUUAUUUUAUCAAUUGCUGUCAUGAUUGGGAUCUUGUUUCGUGCAGUCGCUAUGACGUAUGCUUCCUUCAAUGGUUCAUUAAGGAUUCAUGAGUAUUGCAUCAAUUCCGUAUUCACAAAUAGCUCUGGAGUGUUGAACAUUAAAAAAUCAUUGAGCAGUAUACAGACUUUCUUGUAUAUGGAUACGCUUUCCAUUGACAACAUGUUGAGUUAUUACCUACAUGAUGUAUUUGUACUGUUGAUUGAAAUGGGUGUUCAGAUGCUAACACUCUUCUUCAUGAUGCCGUGGUCUGCUCCUAUUGCCAUUGGACUCUGUCUCUCGAUUCUUAGGUUCAUUGUCUACUACUACAUCAAGGCUUGCAAGAAUAUAGCGUUUUCACGUUUGGAGGCUUACAAUCAAAUUGACUCAACCAUAGAAUCUGCAAUAUCCGGUUUAUCUGUAUGCCGUAGUUUUAAGAAUGAAUGGAAAUUUGUUCAUACAAUGGCCGAGCAUGUAGAUUAUAAUAUUAGAGGUACGCAUUUGAACAAUUCUGCAAUGUUUUGGAGCUCUAUAGCUUCUAGGUCAUUUCUUACACCACUUGCUUUGUUCAUACUCUUAUUCCCUAUUAUUCGCUCAAGGUAUUGUGAUACGGGUAUCAAGGUUGGCUAUUAUACCAUUGCGUAUUCAUUAUUCCUAAGUGUAAACAAUUAUUUCGCAAACUUUUUGGAGAUAUCUUAUUAUCUCCAAUUGCAUUUGCUUCCCAUGAGGAGGUUCGAGAACUUUGUCCUUCCAAACACCAAGAUUAAGUUUGACAAAAGGAGGAACAUUCACCAGACCGAUGUUAUUGUUGACCAUUCUGCAUCAACUGGAGAUGGUAAGCUAUCCAGCGAUAACAUCAAAAGCACCCUUCGUAGAAGACGUCAUAACGAGUAUGCUGAGAGAAGAGCUGUUCAUUGCACUAGUCUCAAGAUGCUCUUCUUUAAGCACCAGGUUAAUUUGUUUGACGUGUCCAAGUAUGCAGUUCCAGGUACUACUAGGAUAAAGUUGGAUAAUGUGAGCGUGCACGUUGUCUCCAGGGAUUCCAAUGAGAAGCAUGCCAUUCUCAAGAAUGUUACUUGUUCUGCGGAUACCUCGGACAUUAUUGGAGUCAUUGGCAGAACUGGUGCAGGAAAGUCUACCCUAUUGUCAGUACUCCAGAACUUGGCAAGGAAUAGAGGUGGUUCUGUCCUUCUAGAUGGUUGUGAUUUAAAUGAUAUGCCAAAGAAUGUGACUAGGCAGAUCAUCGGAGUACUUCCUCAACUGCCCUUCGUAUUCAGAGGUUGGACUGUUCGCAGAUUCAUUGAUCCAAGAAUGUUAUUUGAAGAUGCUGACAUUGAAAUGGCUCUGAAAAAUUGUGGCUUACUCAAGUUUGUAAUGAAUCUCCCAGGUGGCAAGGGCAUUGACACAGUUAUUAUACCUGACCAUUACCAUAAGGAUAUGCCAAGGUAUUUAAAGAGAGCUUAUUAUGGACCUACUCUAAGACCUCAUGAGUUGCCUUCCGCAGACAAUGUCAAUAUUGACUAUGGAUCGGCACUCUCAAACUCACAGUUACGUACACUAUCAGUGGCAAGACUAGUGCUUUAUAGAGAAUUUUACAAGAUACUCUUGGUUGAUGAGCCUCCAGAGGAUGAAUCAGGGGCAUCUAAAACCGCUGAUAUUCCAAUAUAUGAUUUAAUCAAGACACACUUUCAACAUUGUACAACAUUUAUUGCAGCACACGAUGCAAGUAUCUUGCGUUUCUGCACCUCAGUCUGGGUUUUUCACAAAGGUUCUCUCAUUAGGACCUGCAAGACUGAGGAUAUCGUAGAUACUGGGUCACUCUCCAAAAUUAUAGAAGACUGCAUCUCAGAGGAAAAUUAA